CCGACCGCAAGACUCCCAGCGCAACACAAACAGGCCAUGGGUUUCAGCAGAGAGGCGAGUAUCAUCACGUUGCUGGUCAUCGACACUCUCUUCUUCUUCCUCGAGAUCAUCGUUGGCUAUGCCGUCCACUCUCUUGCCCUCGUCGCAGACUCAUUCCACAUGCUCAACGACAUCAUCUCGCUAGUCAUUGCAUACUGGGCCAUCAAAAAGGCCGGUCAGACGGAGAACAUCGCAGCCAAAUACACCUAUGGCUGGCAACGAGCUGAAAUCCUCGGCGCACUCGUCAAUGGUGUCUUCCUCAUGGCACUUUGCGUGUCUAUCUUUCUCGAAGCCAUUCAGCGCUUUGUUGAGCCGCAGAUCAUCACCUCUCCGCUGCUCAUUGUCGGUGUUGGCAGUGCAGGUCUCGCCAGCAACAUCAUCGGCCUUUUCCUCUUCCAUGAACAUGGCCACGGUCACUCCCACGGCCAUGGACCCGCAGGAUCGGAUUCUGAAGAGGAUAUCGAGAGCUUCUUGCCAGAAGUGCAGGUCCGCAAGGCGAGUUUGGCAGCGCAUGGACAUAGCCAUCGGGGAUCUCACACGCAUAGUCACGAUCACGCGCAUGCACACGGUAGUGAUGGACAUAAAAGGCGGCAGAGUAUGACUUCAGAAGACAUCUUUGUCCAUCCUGCACAAAACCGUGCACAUAUCAAGGAUCUGGCUGAUGGUCGGCGAUUAUCUGAGACGUCACCUCUAUUGACUGAUCAUUCUGGUCAUCACCAUGCGAAGCCCAAGGACAGCGCAUCUGGCGGACACUCGCAUGAGAAUAUGAAUAUGCGUGCAGUCUUUCUGCAUGUAUUGGGUGAUGCGCUCGGCAACAUCGGUGUCAUUGCCACGGGCCUAUUUGUGCAAUACACAAAGUUCAGCUGGCGAUUCUAUGCGGAUCCGGUCAUCUCGCUUGUUAUCACGGGCAUCAUUCUGGCUUCUGCUGUGCCCUUGUGCAAGUCUGCUUCCCUCAUUUUGCUACAGGUAGCGCCGCCUGGUAUUCAUGUGGAUGAGAUUCGGGAAGACAUUGAAAGCAUCCAAAGUGUCAUUUCUGCACAUGAACUUCACGUUUGGCAAUUAUCAGACACGAAGCUCGUUGCAUCUGUGCAUGUACGCAUCACGAGCAGUGACGGCUACAUGCAAGUUGCGCAAGAUAUCAAAAAAUGCUUGCAUGCAUUUGGUAUCCACAGUUGUACCAUUCAGCCCGAAUUCGUCCAUGACGGACUUGCAGUUGUUGAUGAGAUGGAGGCGAGUUGCUUGUUGGAUUGUGAUCCUGAUUGUCCGCCAAAUGGAGCACCUGCCGAUGCGCAUGGUCAUGGUCAUGCUCACUAGAUUUGCUGGUGUAGUUUACAAUUUAUUCUUUCGUAGAUACCACACAUUCUGCAUGACUUAGCUCACCCAAGUAUUCUGCUG